ACAGGGUGCAGUGGGCCGGCUCUCUGCCCCGCACUGACUCUGCGCACUGCGGGUUGACGCAUCUGCUCAGUGUGUCUCGGUGCAGGCAGUGGCUGGUGCUGUGCUCGCUUCUCGGUUCAAAGGAGUUCCUGGGCGACGCCAUCGAAUGAAAAUUCCACAAGAGGCUGAUUACAAAAUGAAUGCGGCGGACACAGAAGGUGUUUCUAGGCUGACUGCACACUCUGUGGGCACAGACUAUGAAAAUCAAGAGGAGCUGGAGGAGAAGACGCGGCUAAUAAACCAGGUUCUGGAGCUGCAGCACACACUCGAAGAUCUGUCAGCCAGAGUGGAUGCUGUGAAAGAGGAGAACCUGAAACUCAAAUCAGAGAAUCAAGUACUUGGCCAAUACAUUGAAAACCUCAUGUCAGCCUCCAGCGUCUUUCAAACCACAGACUCGAAGAACAAGAGAAAGUAAGGAGCUCAUGCCACUGAUACCAGUCAGCUUUAUAUCUCGACAGGUGUAGUGGGUUAACCUGCAUGUUGUGUUUAUCGUGUAAAAACUCAAUUUGACCCUUUCACUUCAAGAUCCAGGGCUUUUAGAAUUUAGUUCCUAAUUUACAAACAUAAUCAAAGGUUUAAACAAGAGGAUACGGCCUAAUAAUUGUGAGUUGAUCAGAAUGACUUACAAAACCCUUUCAAAACAUUAGCAAUUGUAAGUAAAAUUUAUAAACUCAAAACACAUAACAUUUUUUCAAAUGUUCUGAAUUAAAAAUUAUUUGCUUUCAAUUGAAGUCUUUAACUAAAAGCAUUUGCACAGUUCACAACGUCUAGUGGCCCAUCAGUGUUUGGCAUGGUAUGUUUUAUGGCCCACACACACAGCACAUACCAGUUCCCGAUAGUCUGAAAUUGUUCCUGGUUUCAAUGUCAAAAAAAGUGAAAGGGUUAAAUAUCCAGAUUAUUACAUUCAUUCAAUCCAUUCACCACAAAUGACAAAUUAGUUUCAAUAAAAAGUGUCCUUUUUAUUUUCCAGACCAACCAAAAGCUCCAAGAAGACAGACAAAUAAUAAUAACAAUAAUAAUGGUAAAGGGUACUGAGAGUCAAGACUGUCCAGUAUUAGGAUUGUAACCCUGUUAGAACCCGUAGUUUAUUGUCUCAAGUCAACUUGCAAACCUUUUUUGUAUUUAGUCUAUUUAAUUAUGGAAUAAUAAACCCUAAUGCUGAUAUUA